UUUCACAGCAGUCUGACUGAGCAGAAGAGGAAACAGAAGUAGUUUCUCUCCUUACAGAGAUGGCUGGAGGUUGCUGCUUCUUAAACGUGAGUGAAGUGUUGCCACUGCUGCUGCUUGUGCUCUACCACCACGAUAUUCAAGCUUCCACUUGUCCACGUCCCAUCCAUAAAAGAGAAGGAGACAGUGUGGAGCUUCCAACAUGCCUGACAACUGAAGGAGUCACUGAGGCAAAAUGGGCAUUUGGACGAAACACACUUGUAGACAAAAGAGAAGGUCCCUAUAAAUAUGUUCAAUUUGAAGGCAGAAUAUAUAUGAAUCCCACAAACUACAGUUUAACUGUAAGUAAUCUCACUCUGAGAGACUCUGGCAACUUCAGUUUUAUGUCAGAGACAAAGGACACACAGAGAAGACUGAUUACUUUUCCCCUGCACAUUCACGAGAUCUUAUCUGUGACGCCUGUCCUGAGUUUCAACAUCACAUGGCAUGCCUUAAAUGGCUCUUGUACAGUUUUCUUGGAGUGCAAUGCUAAGUCUUACAGCAGUGUUGCCUACAACUGGACUGUCAAGAACCAAAAUCAUGUAGGCUCCACACUGCAAUACACCCUCAGUCCAAAGGAGGGAAGCACCAUGUUCACCUGCACAAUUUCAAAUUAUUUCAGUCAACAAUCUGCAUCUGAAACAGUGACAUGUACCAACGCGUCCAUAGCCAUACCAAAGACAGGUUCGACGAACCUUGUGCUGAUUUUAGGUGCAGCAGGAGGCAUUUUUAUGAUUAUCAUCAUUGCUACUGUUAUGGUAGCUGUUCGUAGCUGCAUACAAAAACAAGCAGGUUCUAAUCAGAAUGAGCUUGCCUUGUAUGCUGAGAUUUCUGAGGCUACAAUUCAAGAUUCAAACGUGCAGAACGUUCAAGGGAAAGCAAACAGCAACACGGCACAUCACGCCGUAUACGCAGCCACUGACAAUGUAGCCAACCCAGUCCAUCAUGUGGUUGGGCCCCAGACGGUGUAUGACGAAAUCCAGUUUAAUCGUACGGCCAAGUCUUCCACAGCGUUGCACUAGAGGGCGCUCACAGCACAUGUUGCUUGAAUUAUUUGCUUUUUUCAUGCAGAAAACUGUCUGCCAAAGAAAAACUGUUCAAAGACGUUGUGUGAAACAGACACACGGGAGGGCGACUGCACAAAAGCAUUAAAGGAGAACGUGACAAAUAAAAUGCUCUGACAAGGGUUGUACAUUCUGUAAAAAAAAAAAAAAAAAAAAAAA